AUGAUUGAGAAAUUCACCCAGAUAAUACGGAGCAUUGUACUGCCCAGGCGUGGUAAUAAAACUGUUACCAUAAAUAAUACCACAUUGCCGACGAUAUUACGGUUCCAUUUGAGAAGGCCACUAAAUAAACAGCCGCCGGAAAUAUUCGCAGAAUUUGAUAUGCCGUUCAUUUUGCAUAGAGUUUGGAAAAAACCACAAAACAUCUACGAUUGCUGUCGGCUAUUGUGUCAAAUACAAUUCAUACUCGGCUGUAGUGGUAUAAGAAGUAGUGGGGGUUCGGGCAAAUAUGUUUGUGAUUGGAUAUCGCUAAGUUACACUGCCCUAGCUGUGAGCUGUACCUUGGCAACGCUGGGAUUAACUGCCUAUGUGAAAUUUCAAGAUCCAUAUUUGGUGGAAAUGGAUAGUUUGAUUAAAUCGAUUAUUUACUUAGAGCUGAGUAUGUCAUUGUUUAUGUAUAUAACCACCACCACAAUGGUGGCCGAGGCCAAGACCCACUUACAGUUAUAUAAAAGGAUAAAUGAUUUGGAUUUGUUGCUGAUUCGUGAAUUUGGUUGCAACAUGAAUUACAAAGUGUUGAUAAUGAAACAUUUGCAAUUGCUGGGAUUUACCACCGCCAUCUAUUUGAUAAUCAUUGUAUUGGGUAUUACCCGGGCAACGGAUUGGAGAAAUAUGAUACUCAAUCUGCUGUCGGCAUUGGCCUAUAUUUGCAUUACAGGUGGACCCACUCUCAAUUUCUUUAUACAAAUGAAUUUUGCCGAAGUGUUGGGUAUACGUUUUCGUCUAUUGCAAAAAUUAUUGAAAAGCAAACCACCAAACAUCGAGGAGGGUAAAUUAGUGGAACAUUUCCAGAAAUUAAUUGAUUUGGUGGAAAAAUAUCACGAUUGCAUUCGCAUGACAAAUCAAAUAUUCUCCAAAAGCUUAAUCAUCAUAAUGUUACAUGACUUUACACUGACCACAAGUGAAUUGUAUUUGAUUUUUGGAGGCCUAACCGGUUCCGGCAGUAAUGCUUUGAUUUAUUUUGUUCUAUUGGGUCUGGUGUUGCCCAUUUACAAGAUGACUGUGGGACCAGUAUAUUCGGAAAAUGCUAUUAAGGAGGAUUUGGAUUUCCAUUAUAGAAGUUGCAAUAAAAUACGUGAUAUGGUUGCCAUUUGCCUAACCUGGCGCUGGGACAAUAAAAUACCGUUUACAAGCGGCAGUAUGCCCCUAAAUAUGGAGACAAUUGCUGGGGUCUAUGUGGAGAUUUUCAAUUACAUCCUCAUUCUAAUACAAUUCCGUAUGACCCAGGAAAUGGGUGAUCAAAUUGAGAAACAAAAGAAUACCAUUCAGGAUUGGAUUGGGCUCAUCAACAGCAACAUCAUCGUUAAUGUCAACGGCAUUGUUAUCGGUGGCAGUAACAUCAGUUGCAACACCAUCACUGCCCCUCCACGCACCACCCAGCCUACCCACCACCCACCAUCCUAUGCAAUGGAUGUCGUUGUCAACGUUUACCAUUGUGGUAAAAGAAAUUGA